AUGGCUACGCUUACGGUUCCUGAACCUGUUCCUUCUCCAGUUGAAGAUGCUGAGAGGCUUAGGAAGGCCUUCCAAGGAUGGGGGACCGAUGAGAAGGCGGUUAUUGCCAUAUUAGCGCAUAGAGAUGCGGCUCAAAGGAAGCAAAUUAGGUUGGCCUAUGAAGAACUUUACAAGGAGAAUCUCAUCAAACGGCUUGAAUCAGAACUCUCUGGAGACUUUGAGAGAGCUGUCUACCGCUGGAUGUUUGACCCAGUUGAGAGAGAGGCUAUUAUGGCUAAUGUGGCCUUGAAGAAGAAUGUAGAUUACCAAGUGAUCAUAGAAAUUGCAUGUGUGAAUUCCCCCAAGGAGCUUUUGGUGGUGAAGCAGGCCUACCAUGGUCGCUACAAACACUCCUUGGAAGAAGAUGUCGCUUCGAAAACAAUUGGAGAUUUUCGGAAGCUCUUGGUUGCACUGGUGAGCACGUACCGGUAUGAUGGUGAGGAGAUAGAUACAGGUUUGGCUAAAUCAGAAGCCAAGAUUCUUCAUGAUGUUAUCGAGCAGAAGAUCUUUAAUGAUGAGGAGAUAAUUAGAAUUUUGAGUACUAGAAGCAAGGCACAACUUAAUGCAACUUUUAAUUGUUACAAGGAUGAGUAUGGUUCUAUCACCAAGGCUUUGGCUAGCGAGUCUCCAAAUGAAUUUGCUCUGGCACUACGUAUAGCAAUCCGCUGCAUCACCUCUCCUAAGAAGUAUUUUGCAAAGGUUCUACGCCAUGCAGUCGACAAAUCAGGCACUGAUGAAGAUGCGCUAACUCGUGUGAUUGUCAUGCAUGCGGAGAAGGACCUGAAGGAGAUCAAAGAGAUGUUCCAUGAGAGAACCAAUGUUGCUCUUGAACAUGCAGUAGCCAAACAGACUUCAGGAGACUAUAAGAGCUUUCUCCUUGCUUUAAUUGAAGAUUGAACAUGAUGCCUCUGUGUGCAUUUCUAUCCUUUAUGUCUGGUGGUCUUCAUCUGGUUUAGAAGUAUGCUGAAACAAGAGCUGGUUUUCCUUUAUGUUGAGAUGCUGGCCUUGAGACAUGAACUGCUUUCUGGUGCUGUGUUUGUGUUCAUGUUGAACUUGCAUGCAUGUUUUUCUGCUCCCCUUCAUAUUUUAGUGUCUAUGUGCUAUUAAAUAUUUUUUGUUCAGUAGUUUGUUAUGUUAA